UUCGUCAACGGCUUGUGCGCGGCCCUCAAGCGGCACCACUUACGCAUAUCUUUCGUGGAUGGCCAGAGAAUGGUGCAGAGAGGAGAAUUCAUGGAUGAGGUGAUUGGUGUUGCCAUGGAAGGCUCAAGGAUCUUCCUGCCCAUCUUCUCCAAAAGCUAUGCUGACUGUAAAUUCUGUCUUUCAGAAGUGGCCAAGAUGCUGGAAUUCAAAGGGCUCAUCCUCCCCAUCUUCUACGACGUCCAACCUAGCCAAGUCGGGAACCAAAGGGGGCCCUAUGAAAUUGCUUUCGAGAAGCAUGAAAACGAUACAGAGUUAAACCAAGAUCGAGUCGUCCGUUGGAGGACUGCACUAAAAGAAGCAGGGAAGAUCAAAGGGUUCGUUGUUAUGAGCGAAGCUGAAACAGGGCAAGAGCACAAGCUGAUCCCAUUGAUCAUCAGGAGAGUUUUAGAUUGUAUGAAUAAGAUGACUCCAGUAGAUGUGGCUAAAUAUCCUGUUGGACUUGAUUCUCGGGUAAAUUACACGAUGAAAUUAUUGGAUUUAGAAGCUUGUGAUGUCAGAAUGAUUGGCAUUCAUGGACCUGGGGGGAUCGGAAAGACUACUGUUGCAAAAGCCACUUUCAAUAAAAUCGGCAGCAGAUUUGAGGCAAGGUGUUUCAUCUCCAACGUUAAAAACACAGCCAAACAGUUCAAUGGGCUUGUUUCAUUGCAAAAGCGGCUCAUAACUGAAGUUUUGAAGGACCGGCACUCUUCCAUAAAUGAUGUUAGUGAAGGAAUCAGUCAGAUAAAAAGAAGAAUAUACAGCAAACGAGUCCUCAUAGUUCUUGACGACGUUGAUGACAAUGAGCAGCUGAAUGCUUUAGUCGGCAGCCAAAGCUGGUUUUGCCAGGGGAGUAGAAUAAUAAUAACAACAAGAAACGAGCACAUACUAAAUGUACACAGGCUGAGGGGCUUUGAUACAUAUGAUCUUGGAGGCUCAACACCUGAACAAUCACUUAAGGCCUACUCCCUUCAAAGAUUGAAUCACAAACAGUCACUUGAGCUCUUCAGCUUCUAUGCAUUUGGCAAACCAGACCCAAGUAAGGAAUUUGCUGCCCUGUCCGAGAAGGUUGUCUCAACUGCAGAAGGACUGCCCUUAACUCUUGAGGUAUUGGGAUCAUUCUUUUUUGGUAAAGAUGACAAGGAAGAAUGGGAAGAUGCAAUCAAAAGGUUGGAGAGACAUCAGCAUGAGGAUGUUCACAUCAAAUUGAAAGUCAGUUAUGAUGAACUAGAUGAAAAUGAGAAACAGAUAUUUCUGGAUAUUGCUUGUUUCCUUGAUAAGAAGUCCAAAAGAAAUGCCAUUUACAUGUGGAAGGAUUGUGAUCUUUUCCCAAACAUUGCAAUAAGGGUACUCUUACAUAAAUCUUUGAUUAAGAUCGACAAUGAAUUCCAAGAAUUCAGAGUGCAUGAACAAAUACAGGACAUGGGUAGGCACAUUGUCUCACAAAAGGAACCUCCAGAGCUACGCAGCAGGUUGUGGAACAAUGAUGAAAUACUGCACUUGCUAAAACACAAGAAGGGAAGAGAGAACAUAAAAGGUAUUGCACUCCAAUCAGAAAAAGGCAAGCAGACAUGCGUUGGUGCAGAGGCAUUUGAAACAAUGACCAAACUUACGCUGCUUCACAUCAACCACACAGAAAUUGAAGGUGACUUUCGACAUUUCCCAAAGAAAGUAAAAUGGUUAGAAUGGAAAGGGUGUAUGAAAGAAUCAUUACCUGAUGAACUUUCUCUUGAGAAAGCAGUCAUUCUGGACCUUUCUUAUAGCAUGAUUUCACAAGUUUGGACUCAUGUCAGACUGCACACAAAGAUGCUUGGGAAGCUGAAAGUUCUCAACCUCAGAUGUUGUGAGAAACUUUUUUGCACGCCAAAUUUUCAAUAUUUACCUUGUCUGGUCGAAUUGAUACUUGAUGGUUGCACAAGUUUGGCUGAAGUUCAUGAAUCCAUUGGCUGCCUUAAGAGUUUGGUUUUCUGGAGUAUGAUAGGAUGUCAUGCACUGAAGGGGCUUCCAAGCAACAUUUAUCAGCUGGGUUCUCUUAAGAACCUCAUUGUUGAGGGAUGCCCCAACUUUUCUGCCUUUCCUGAACAGCCUGGGGGCGCAAGAUUUCCAGGAAGUUUCCUUGCAAAAGACAGUUCUGAAGUGUUGUUAGAUGGAGAUAAAUUUCCAGUGAAAGAGUCUGAGGCCCUCGAAGUUGUGCCUACCUUCCAAGGACAAAUGCGAGAUUUGACUGUGCUGAACAUCUCAGGAACUUCCAUCACCAAAAUCCCUCAGAGUUUCAGAGAGUACUCAAAGCUGACCUACUUAAUUUUAGAUUACAAUCCUCAAAUCACUAUGAUUCCCCCUAGUUUCUCUCACCUCAGGUACUUGAAGAGGUUAAGAGCCAGGCAAUGCAAGUGGUCUGAGGAUGCAAAUCCUAGUAGUUUUGGGGUGCUCCCAUCAGUGAAAACUUUGGAUUUGUGCUACAGCGAUUUCAACACCCUACCAUCGUGCAUAAGUAGCAGCUUCCCUAACAUCGAAGAACUCGCUUUGGAGGAAUGCAAAAAUCUUCACUCUCUCCCAUCACUUCCCUCAUCCUUAGUUCAACUUGACGUCAUAGACUGCACUGGCUUGGAAACAAUCUUCGACGUUUCGAACUUGACAGGUCUAAAGAGUUUGAGCUUAACAGGAUGCGAACAGCUUGUCGAAGUUCACCGCCUUGAGAGUCUGAAAACCCUGCAGACACUAAACAUGCCUCCAUGUCGCAACACCGAUAGUGCUUUAGAAAGAGCAGUAUUUGAGGUAUGCGCUGAACCAUCCAACAUUGGCAGGCUGCAGUAGACAUUCUGUAGUUA